AUGAGUGAAGAAGAUAUAAAAUUUUUUUCAGAUUAAAUAGAAUAUUAUGAAUAAAAUCUUGAUAUUGAUUAAUCAAAUGAUUAGGAAGAAGAAGAAGAAGAAGAAGAGGAAGAGGAGGAUGAAGAAGAAGAAGAAGAGGAUGAAGAGUAAGACUCUGAAAAUUAUCCUCCUUCUCCUGAUUUAAUAUAAUCAUCAAGCACACCUAACAAUUAAUCCUCAUAAAAGCAUAACUUAAAUGAUGAUGAGCAAUAAAAUAGUGUAAAAAAAGAUUAAAAGCAUUAAAAUGAAGAAUAAUAAUCAGAAACAUGCUCAGAAUAUAUUGAUAAUUGUGUAAUAUUAGAAUAAUAUGAUAAAAAAUUAGAAAACAAAGAAAAAAUAACGCCACCAUUUUUAACAAAAUAUGAAAAAGCAAGAGUUAUAGGCACAAGAGCUUUACAAAUAGCUUAAAGUUCACCCAUUUAUGUCGAUACUGAGGAUAAAGAAUAUGAUCCAAUUGUUAUUGCAGAAAAAGAAUUUGCUUUAAAAAAAUUCCAUUUAUAAUUAGAAGAUAUUUACCUAAUAAAUAAUAUGAAGAUUGGCCUUUAAAUUAAUUGUAAUAUAAAGAAUGAUGAAACUAAUAAUGAUAAUAACUCCUCGAUUAUUCAAAAUAAUGCUAUUAAUUUAUGCUAUAAAUUAUCUGGACUGGCUAAAUUAGAAGAACUUAAAAAUUAUAUUUAAGAUUUAUUAGAAAAUGAUAUUAAAUUAAUUAUCUUUGCUCACCAUAAAGAAGUGCUUUUAUCAAUUGAAGAAUUUGUUAAUAAAAAAUUAGAAAUCUAAUCUAUUCGAAUUGAUGGAAGUGUACAAGACGAAGAGAGACAUAAAAAGGUUGCACUUUUUUAAUAAAAUAAAGACACUAGAGUUGCUAUUUUAUCUAUUACAGCUGCUUCUACAGGACUUACUUUAACUGCUUCUUCUAAUGUUGUAUUUGCAGAAAUGCAUUGGACACCUGCUUUAUUAUAAUAAGCAGAAGAUAGAGCUCAUAGAAUUGGACAAAGUAAUAGUGUUUUAUGUCACUAUAUUUUAGGAGAAGGAACUUUGGAUGAACAUUUGUAUAAAUAACUGGAAUCAAAAACUCAAAUAGUAGGAAGCAUUAUUGAUGGAGAAAGUAAAUAAUUCAAAAUGGAUUAAUUUGAAGUUAAAAAAUAAGAAAAAUAAAGCCUAACAAAAAAUUAAUUCUAAAAAAUACUUUAAGAUUAUAAAUUUGAUGAUUCAGAUGAUGAUGAAAUAUAUGAUAUUUAAAUUUAAAAUUAAGAAUAAAAAUCAACAUAAUAAACUCCAAAUGCUAAAGAUAAUUAUAGAAAUUAAGCUUAAUCAAAUUUAGACAGCUUUCUUUAAAAAAAAUAAUCUAAAUAAUGAAAAUUACAUAUUUAAUUUAGAUAUUAAGCAUUCGUUUGAGUUUGUUUAUUUUUUCUCAUAUUCUUAAUUUUUAUUUUAUUUACUAUCUUGAUACGCAAUAUUAUUUCUAUUUAUAUUAUAAAUUAAAAUUAUAUUUUUUAUUUGAAAUACAAAAAUUUUAUAGAA